AUACAGGUCGAUCGCACACAACAGCACACACAGUACAGAAGAAGAGGUCCGACGAUUCAUUGAUUACACAUGUAAGUACACACAUGCUCACUCGCCCCGGCACACACAUAGUGACUGACACAGACAUACAUGUCGUCUGUCUGCAGCGGAGGGAGCAAAAAAUGCCUACAACGAGCGCACUUCUGCCUUCUCUUGCCAAUCUGACUGCAUGACCCCUUUCCCGCCAUCCCCUGCCGCUGCUGCUGCUGCUGCUGGUGAAGACAACACGAAGUCUUGCUAAGUUACGCAGGCAGGCACAUGUCAGUCAGUCAAUGCACAGACAACGCGAUCGACGACAGAAAAAGUGUAUAGAAGCAAGUACGCAUCCCUUCACGCCGCUGGUCGGUCGGGUGUCUGUCUGUCUGUCUGUCUAAUUGAUCGGUCGGCACACACAGCUGUCGAGACAGAGACAUAGAGAGGAAAGAGAGAGGGACAAAUACCCGUUGUACACUCACACACCGCACCAGGGGAACAUCAGUCUGUCUGCCCGGCCAAGAACAACACACUCACUCACUUAGCUAUCUUGGUACGCCGUCGCCCCCCUCUCCCAUGGUGACACUCACAAUCGCCUGCUUAGACUGCCGCGGGGGCCUGCCCGCCCCGCCCUGUGCAGCCAUCUGCAGCUGCGUGAAGGCACCCCCACCACCACCACCAGCAGCAGCAGACCCCUGCUCCUCACCACUCUGCUGCUGUUGCUGCUGCUGGUACUGCUGGUGCUGGUGCUGUCUGGCGAGCUGCAUCUGCAGCUGCUGGGAGAAGCCAUGCAUCAGCGACAUCGGCGGCCCCCCUGCGGCGGCGUGGGGGUGCGUCGGGACGUGCACCGUCUGCUGCUGGUGCUGCUGCUGGUGGUGGUGCGCAGGGUGGGUGUGGUAGGGGCCGCCCAGGUGCAGCUCUGGGGUGAGUGUGUCUGGCGAGGACCGGUGUGGCAGCUGCGGGAGGGGCAGCCGGGCGUGGGGCCGCGCGUGUGCGUGUGUGGGGUUCGGGGUGCCGGCGGGGGUGCGGUAGCAAACGGACAGCAGCUCGCUGAACGACUUGUCGAUGCACCUGCACACACACAUGACACGCGAGCGACACACGAAUAAAUGGGCCUCUGCCUUUGUGUCUGUGUGUGCGUCGCCGAGCGCACCGUUUGAUGUCGGCGUAUGAGAGGACGAGCAACGCUGAGCCGUCGCGGCUCAUCAGCAGAAUCCGCUCACGCACACCCACGUCAACCUGCACACACACACAUGAGACGACACUCCUGUGUGCGCGCCGCAGCGCCACAGCGGCGUUCUUUCGUGUGCCGCCUGUCUGUUUGUCUGCCUUAGUUACUUUCGCCAGUGAGUCUGCGAUGUGUCCGAUGUCGAGGACCGGGCGGCUUUCCUCGUCUACUUGGUGAAACAAGUAAUCCCUGAUCGAUUCAUUCGUAGACACAUUAAUACGGUGACUGACCACACAGAAGGCCAUUAAUUCCGCGUGCAUCUGUGUGUGUGUACCUGAACAGUUUGACGACGUAUCUGUCCCCGGUUUCCGCCCAGUUGUGGUCACUGCCACACGACGGACGGUCCACGAUGCUGCCGAUCUUGCUCAGCAACCUGACACACAGACACACAGACAGACAGACACACAGACAGACAACAACACACACAUGAGUGGAUCCAUCGACAGCCCACUCUGGUUAGGUACCUGACGAGCCUGCCAUUGUCGACCUCCUUCUUAAGCUCCUCCUCGAAGCAGUCUGAACACACAGACAAAGAGACAGAGGGACAGAGGGAGGGAUAGGACAUACACUCUGUGUGUGAGUCGGUGUGUGUGGGAUGGUUGGUUGGUCGCUUGCUGACCUCCGACGUGGAGAGCAGCUUCCAUCUGAGUGGCGAUUCGGCCGCUGAUCGCACCGGCAAUGUCGUGCACACUCGGAUACGCACCCACUCAACACACACACACACACACACACAAGACGAGAGACGGAUGAGGCAGCACGGCCGUCUGUUGCUGUGCGAGCGGGUCACAUCGCACCAGGUUUGGAGAGGAGCAUGACGACCAGGUUUCUGAGUUCCAUCGAGAGGUCCAUCUUCAUAAAAAUCUGGUCCAUCGUCUUGGGAAUGUCGGCCAACACCUACAGCACACAACACGACACACACCAUAAUGCGCCCCUGUCUCGUUGUUUGCGCCAUGAUGGAUACCUCCAGUGUGCCGCAUGCGAGAGCGAGUACGAGUCUUCCCAGCGAUAUGAGGUCCUGCAUCUGGUAGUCGCGCACACUGCGGGAGGGAUCCACCUUCAACGCAUCCAACAGGCCCACGCAGUUCAGCCGCACACGGUUCCUGCACACACACCGGGACACACACAGGGAAGGAUCCCUCUCUCUGUGUGUCUGUAUGGGUGUGGUGGUGUGGUGUGUUUGCCUGUAUGACACGAGUAUCUUGGUGGGGUCGAUAACCCGUGCCGCCAUGCCCGCUGCGUGGAUGUGCCGCAGCGCCAGCACGAUCUGCACAAUGUAGCUCCACAGCACGCCUUCACGCACAGGACCCUGCCCCUGCAACACAACCAAACCAUCACCACCGCUUUCCUUACACACACACGCUCCCGCGAGUACCUGGAAGUGGCAGGCCUCCAUGGUAGCGGCGUUCGCGUGGUAGUCGUACACAAACACGAGGCUGCCCCCCUCGGUGGACAGGGACCGUGGUAUGUGCGACGGCUGUGCGGAGCCGUUGGAGCUCUGCCGCCUACUGAGUGAGUGCUCCCUGUCCCGCUGGUACGUGAAGAAGUCCUGCGUGGCGAAGGCCUGGCGGAUGGCCACUACCGACGGAUGGGGCGGCAGGCGGGACCAACGCUCCAACGCACUCUGCAGACACGCACACCACAGGCAUGCACAGAGGCGGCCGGCAUAUGAUGCUGAUGACGGUGGGGGCGAGGGGGCACCUCACCUGUGCCAGGUCGAAGUUGGUCAGUCUGAAGCCGUCGACACGUCUUAGCGCAUAGGCUGGGAUGUCCUCAGUGCACAGGGCCUGCAGCCAGCCGAGACACUCAUGUAUAAGGGUCUCAGGGGUAGGUAUCUAUCGUAUGUAUCUGUCUGUCUGUCUGUGUUGUUCAUGCCUCCCUUAAUGGCAUGGCCGACCUUGAACACAUAAGUGGGGUAGCCGCAGAACCGGGCCGUGUGGGGCUUGCUGCGAUCGUCAAGCAGACACAGAUUGUAGUACUUUCCCUGAUGGAUUGAUAGAUCCAAGCAACACAUGUUGGUUGAUGCGCCACUUCUCUCUGCUGCCUGCCUGCCUGCCUGCCUGUCUGACCUGCACGAGUGGCGGGACGCUGUCCGGCUCGCUGUCCACCUCGCAGCUGCUGCCGUCGGGCGCACUCGGAGCGUCGCCCAGGUCACGGCUGGUCAACAACAUACACGCCUUCUGCUCGUGAUACUCACGACGCAGCCCUGCACCCGCAUAAAGAUCGUCCGUAUCGUCUCAGGACUGAUCUUGCCAUUCUCACUCACUCGCUCACCGGCGUCAGUGCCGAAGUAGAAGGGGUUGUUCGCCUGCUCAGCCUCCAUGAUGGCCGUCACGUUAGGCACAGCCAUGGGCACCACACCAGGAGGCAGAUGCGAUGGCCGAUACAUCACACCACCAACACCCCCCACACCCACACCCCCGUUCACGUCUUCCAUCCCCCCUGGCAUGCCCGCAGGCACCGGCAUAAGCCACGAUGAGACGGGCGGUGGCCCGGGAGGGGGGCGGGGAGGGGCCGGCGCACCCCCAGACGAACCCACAGGCCGAUACAUGGGUGGGGCUGAUGUCGGCUGCUGCUGUUGCUGCUGUUGCUGGGCGGCGGGGUUGCCGAGGAUGGAGUGGAGUCUUCUCAUGUAGUCGGCAUCGCUGCCUCGCUGCGCCGCAUCUGUGGCAGUCUCAUCGGCCGCCAGAAAGGCGCGCUGCAGGGAGGUGAAGGGCGGGCCGGGGCCGCCUGCAGCUGCACUCGACUGAUACGCAGACGAAUGCUGACAGCAGAGCAAGGGAACCAAACCAGCAUGACGCAGAGACACAGUCACAAGUACUAGCGCCCUUUCCGCACCUCAGCAGAAGCAUCGCCCUGCGGCUGGUCCGGCGCCCCGUUGGCUGCGAGAGGGGGGGAGGCCAGGUGUGCCAUGGGGAACUGCAUCAUGCCUCCCCCGCCGCUGACAGGCCGCAGAGUGACGGUCGAUCCGUCGCUCGAGGUGUGGCUGCCGCCAUAGCCGUUGAUGCCCUCGUUGGCCGCCGUGCUGCACGUGGUGCUCGUGCCCACCGUGCUCAGCGCGUCAGCACUGGAAACGAAUCCCCUGCUGAAACUCGGUAAAUGGCCGCCAGCUAUGACGCCGUAGUCCUCGGCACCGCCAGCAGCAGACUGACCGGCCUGGAGCUGCUGCUGAAGCGAGAGCUUGAAGGGCUGCUGGGACUGCUGCUCCGCUUCACCGCCACUUCUCAGCGCUCUCGGGACAAACGGUUCCGCUGCGGCCGCACUGAGAGCCAUUGGCACACCACCUCUGGCGCGCGACGGGCCGAUCACUGUGAUGCCUGAGCCAGACGACAGCGUCGAGGAGGUGGGGGGCGGGGAGGCGGCCAGCCGAUGGCCCGCCUCCGCCGUGUGGAUGGGGGCGGCGACCUUGGGCUCUCCCACGGCAGCAAUCGAGGGGUCGAACCAUGGGAGGGCCGGCUCGCUUGGGGAGGGGGGAGGGGGCUCGGGGGCCUUGGGGGGCGGUGGGGGGAUGCCAGACACCCUUAUCGGCGGGUUGAACGGCUGCGCUGCUGCCGUGAAGGUGAACUUGCCACCGUCUGCUGGUUUGCUGCUGUCGGCUUUGGUUGGCCCCGACUUGAGAUUGGCGAGCAGCUGUGCGAGCGCCUCGUUGGCUUCGCUGGUCGAUGAUGAGGAGAGGGGGGGCGAGGGGGACGGCGAUGGGCCAGGAGGGCCCCUACCGCCAUCUGUUGGUGACGACGACGACGCUCUCACCGUCUGGGGGGCCUCAGGGGAUGACGACGCCUCAUCCGCAUCGUCAUGUGGCUGUCUGCUGCAGGUGGGCUGCCCAUCGGCCGAUGGCGCCUCGGCCUCGUCAGACUCUGGCGUGUUGGAUUUCCUCUCCUCGUUGCUGACAGCAUCCUUCCUCGACCGGCGGCCGAGCGGGCUGGAGGGCGACGUGGAGGAGCUGGUGGACGGCGGGGCGCUGCGAUUCUCCUGCUCGCUCUGCGCUGCUCCUCUGGGCGGCGAUGACAGCUGUAUCGACCGCACUGGGAUGAUCUCACGCCCGUGAUGCCGACCCUUGCCGCCCUCAGAAGGCGGCGCGGACCGCGGCGUCAGCCCGCCACCCUUCUUUGUCUUGGGGGUCACGUGCUGGUUGCUGUCCGAUGCCUCCCUGCCAUCACUUGCCGACGAGAGGGACAGCUGCGGGCGGUCUUUGGUCAGGGCCGAGCCUGGUGUGGACGGGAGGGAGGCGGACGGCGCCCCUUUGGCGGACGAUGAGAGCUUAAGCGUUGCGGUGGCGGGACGACUGUUGGGGGAUGGGGCGGGGCCUGAAGCUGCUGCUGCUGCUGCCUGCUUGUUCUUCAUCAACAACUGAAGGAUGGUGCUCGCUGGCGGCGGCGGCGGCGGCUGAUGCUGCUGCUGAUGCUGAUGCGCAAGCGCGAUUGUCUCGAGGAAUGUCAGUGUCGGCAGGCUACGGGGAGAAGACCCUAUCGGCAU